GCAGCAGCAAUGUCACAGCUGUAUUACGGCAAAACUGAAGGCUCCUUGUACAGGGACAGCAUCCCCCUGCGGGUCGUGAGGGCCGAGUCCGAGCUCUCGUCCCUGGAGAAGGCCUACCUGUUGGCAGUCGAUAAGGGGGACUACGCCAGCGUGAAAGAGGACCUGGAGGAUGCCGAGAUUUAUUUCAGGAUCAACAUUAACUGCAUCGACCCCCUUGGACGCACGGCCUUACUCAUCGCCAUCGAGAACGAGAACCUGGAGAUCAUCGAGCUGCUGCUCAGCUAUAACGUGUACGUGGGGGAUGCCCUGCUGCACGCCAUCCGCAAAGAGGUGGUGGGCGCCGUGGAGCUGCUGGUCAAUCACAAGAGGAGUGGGGACAAAAAGGUUCCACCAAUCCUGCGAGACAAGCAGUUUUCAGACUUCACCCCGGACAUCACUCCGAUCAUCCUCGCAGCCCACACCAACAACUAUGAGAUCAUCAAACUGCUGGUGCAGCGAGGAGUCUCCAUCCCUCAGCCGCACAACGUACGCUGCAACUGCGUGGAGUGCGUCUCCAGCUCCGACGUGGACGUCCUGCGUCAAUCUCGCUCCCGUCUGAACAUCUACAAGGCCCUCGCCAGCCCGUCCCUCAUCGCCCUCUCCAGUGAGGAUCCCUUCCUCACGGCUUUCCAGCUCAGCUGGGAGCUGAAGGAGCUCAGCAAUGUGGAGAACGAGUUCAAGGCGGAGUACGAGGAACUCUCCCGUAUUUGUAAACAAUUUGCAAAAGACCUCCUGGAUCAAACCCGGAGCUCUAAAGAGUUGGAGACAAUCCUCAACUACCGAGACGACAUCAAUCCCCUGCUGGAUGACAACAAUGACCUGGCACGUCUUAAACUGGCUAUCAAAUACAGCCAGAAAGAGUUUAUCGCGCAGCCCAACUGUCAGCAGCUGCUGGCGUCUCGGUGGUACGAUCAGUUCCCCGGCUGGAGGCGGCGUCACUGGGCGGCAAAGUUCCUCACCUGCAUCUUCAUCGGCCUCCUGUUUCCGCUGCUGUCCCUCUUCUACCUGAUCUCUCCAAAGAGCUUCUAUGGCUUAUUCAUCCGCAGGCCUUUCAUCAAGUUCAUCUGUCACACCGCCUCCUACCUGACCUUCCUCUUCCUGCUCUUCUUGGCCUCGCAGCACAUAUCCUACUCGCAGAAGGACUGUCAGGGCCCACCACCCACCAUCGUGGAGUGGAUGAUCCUGCCUUGGGUGCUCGGUUUUAUAUGGAUGGAGAUCAAACAGAUGUGGGAUAAUGGUUUCCAGGACUACAUGGACGACUGGUGGAACCUCGUGGACUUCAUAAUGAACUCCCUGUAUCUCGCAACCAUUUCUCUGAAGCUCGUUGCCUAUAAAAAGUACAGGGGGCCCAAACCCAGAGACCAGUGGGAAAUGUGGCACCCGACUCUGGUGGCAGAGGCCUUGUUCGCCAUCGCCAACAUCUUCAGCUCAUUGCGCCUCAUCUGCCUUUUCACUGCCAACUCCCAUCUGGGGCCCUUACAGAUCUCGCUGGGUCGAAUGCUCCUGGACAUCCUCAAGUUCCUCUUCAUCUACUGCCUGGUGCUUUUAGCCUUCGCCAACGGCCUCAACCAGCUGUACUUUUACUAUGAAACAGAACUGCCGUGCAAGGGGAUUCGCUGCGAAAAACAGAACAAUGCCUUCUCAACGCUGUUCGAGACGCUUCAGUCGUUAUUUUGGUCCGUGUUUGGCCUGAUUAGCCUCUACGUGACCGAUAUGGGUCCGGAUCAUCAAUUCACUGAGUUUGUGGGCAGCACCAUGUUCGGCACAUACAACGUGAUCUCCCAGAUCGUGCUUCUGAACAUGCUCAUCGCGAUGAUGAACAACUCCUACCAGCACAUAGCUGAUCAUGCUGAUAUAGAAUGGAAAUUCGCAAGAACAAAAUUAUGGAUGAGCUACUUUGAAGAAGGGGGGACUUUGCCGUCUCCGUUUAACAUAAUACCCAGUCCGAAGUCAGUUUUUUAUCUGAUGAGAUGGAUAAAGAAAUUCUUAUUCAGGAGACAAAGCAAGAGAAUGCAUGAUACCUUCGAAACAUUGGGGAGACGCGCGGCUAAAAGUGUAAGAUCAAACCAUCAGUACCAGGAGGUUUUAAGGAACCUUGUGAAGCGAUAUGUCGCUCGGCUGAUCAGAGACGCCAAGACAGCGGAAGGUUUGACGGAAGAGAACUUUAAGGAGCUGAAGCAGGAUAUCUCCAGCUUCCGCUAUGAAGUCCUGGGAUUGAUGAAGGGUAAAUCUCAGGGAAGGGUAAGCUCCGCCUUGGCCUAUCCUGGAAACCCGUUCAAAUAUUCUCCCAAAUUCCCCAUUGAUGAGCCGGAACGGAAGCAGAGCAUGUUUGAAGUGGUCAUCACCGCCCAACAGAGCGGAGCUUCCAACACCAUCGGCUCUGACAGGCUUUUCAACGGUGCGGCUCUUCUGUCCCCUGCGGGACAGACUCAGGACGAGCUGUCCAAGGAUGUCUCAGACGAGGGGUCUCAUAACUUUGAAAACAUAUCAUCGUCACCGAAAGAUUCACUGGGAUCUGGGAGCAAAAUGCUACUUCAGAUUGAGAAAGGCUUCCAGAUAAGGCAGAAGAGAAAAAAACUGCCUGGUCCCCAAGAUUCUGAUCAAGAUCCAUGAAUGAAUAUCUGGAUCCGCCUAUAUGUCUGAAUCUAGUUUCUAUCUUGACCCAUGGCCUGUCCUUCCGAGUUUCAUUCAAAUCGGUAUGGUAUUUUUGUGCGUAAUCCUUUUGAUAAAGAAACAGAACAACUAACAAACAAAACCUAACCAGAACAAAACAUAACAUUACAUUAAAAAGUACAUGUUAAAACGAUUUGUGGACAUUUAAAAGCUGGUACAGAUGUGAGUUUUUAGUUAACCUUACAUAUGUACAGAAGAUGAGCUCUUAACCUGAUUGUAGCCUUAAUGGGAAACUUACAAAACUUUGUGGCGGCUGCAGCAACGGCAUAAUGGCCCGUUCCCCUCAGCCGUGACCAAGGGACAGCCUGGAACAGCUGGUAAUAACCCAGAGUGUCUGAGACAUCUGGAAGUGGACAGGAGCUCAGAGACGUGUUAGCGGAGCCAGGUCUUUAAAAAAGAAUCAGAUAAACAAACCUUAUUCUCAAUCCUGUUCUGGAGCAGGUGCCAGUGCAGUGAUGAGGUGAGAUGCUGUUUCACUUCCUGGUCCCAGUGAGCGGCAGCGUUCUGCAGCAGCUGCAAACGAGACGGUGAUGAAAACAUAUUAGUGCAACAUCUUCCAAUAAUCGAGAUGUCAUUCUUUCUGUUGCCAGUUUUGAAAAACGUAUAUUGAAAUAAACACAUGUUCUCAAGGUAAGGAAUAUUGUAGUUACCUCUCAUAUUCAGUUUAAUACCUGCAUCCUGCCAUGUAUGUUAUUGCAGAUUAUAUCACAUGCAUUCCUCCCCGAUUGGCGGAAUAUGAAAAUACAGAGUGCCGAUUUGAUGCUCAGGGAAUUUGACACAGGUCUGUAAUUCAUGAUUUAC